AUGACGUGUGCCCCAGGCCCGCUCUGGGUCGACCUCAGCCCCGGCAGGACUGGCCGGGGCAGCGAGAGGCUGUGGCCUGGGGGCCACAAGGCGGGGGCGGGGCAGACCAGGCUCUUCGGCUGGCUGCUCAUCGGCACGGUGGCCGUGCUGGCCUUCCUGACCAAGUGCCUCCAGCACUACUGCUCGCCGCUCAGCCACCGCCAGCAGGCCUACUGGGCCCAGUACCGCGCCAGCGAGGACCACCUGUUCCGGCGCACAGCCGAGGUCCACGCACGCGCCCUCGCCGCCGCCAACGUGCGCCGCUUCUUCGGCUUCGUGGCCCUCGACAAGGAGGAGGAGGAGCUGGUGGCCAGCCUCCCCGUGGCAGGCACGCAGCCGCGGCCCCAGUGGAAUGCCGUCACCGGGGUCUACCUGUACCGCGAGAGCCAGGGCCUGCCACUGUACAGCCGCCUGCACAAGUGGGCCCAGGGCCUGGCGGGCAACGGCGCAGCCCCCGAUGGCGUGGAGAUGGCCUUGCUGGCCUCCUAGGGCCGCCUGCCCGCCCGCCCUGGCUCCCGGGCCAGGCCGGCACACACCAGCUCCAGAAGGGACCGCCUCCACUGUCUUCCUGGGGAAACGGGCAGGGACAG